GAUGGCAAAACCAGUGCCAAAUCUCAUUAAAAAUUACCCAGAAGGUCAACUGCAUUAUUUGUUUACGAAAAUAUUAACUGCUUCAGAUAUCAAGUAUGGCUUAAUACUCAUGGGACAAGCUUCAAAGGACUAUCUACAGGGCUGUAAAGAUCAAAGAGUUAAGACCAUACUUCAUACACCAGCUUUAUCCCAACCUGUGUUCUUCAAGUCCUGUGAUAGGAUGAUGUCACUAUGCCGGAGUGGUUGGGGUGUGAUUGUUAGAGGUAAUGGCUUUGUUGCUGGUGAUAUAAUUAAUUGCUGGUUUGCUUAUGAUGAAGAAAGCAGAGUCCUAAACUUGAUCAUGGAAAGGGCUGCCAAUGAGAGUGCUGGACCAGCUGCCCAGCAAGCUGAGGCUGGUGGAGAUGCCGGACAAGCAGCCGGGGCGGGUGGAAAUGGGAAGGGUGGUCAGCAGUGACGUCCCUGAGCUUGCAGAUAAUUAGUGAACGAUAUUGCAUUGAUUAUAUUAGUUUAUGUCCUUCUACUAAGGCUUGCUGAUGUCUUGCAUGCCACUCCCAGAGGCUAAGGAGCACUUGUUGCUACUAAGGCAGCCUGCAGAACCCGAUUCUGAUCGAUUUACGUAUAACUU